GAAGCAGGCAAGAUUAGGUUAGGCCCCAGCAAUGGUUUUGCUUAGGAUGGCCAUAGCAUAAUCAAAAGCACCCAACCCCACCUCCUCCGAUCCCUCUCAUCGCCAUCCUCCUCCUCUGACCUCUCUCUCUUUCUCUUUCUCUCCCAGCCCCACACCUCUGAGCUCCCUCCUCACGCCCACACUGCGUGCCGCGCACGUGCACACUCUCCGCCGCCGCCUCCUCCUAGUUCUCUGAUCCGGCGAACCAACGCCGCCGUGUUUGUGUUGCAUGAAACGCGCGGGGGAGCGAGCAAACGUAGCUAGCUAUCUAGAUACAGUAGCUUCUUCUGUGUCAGAAAGAAGCAUGGACCAUGGGGCGGCGCCGUCGAGCAGCACGAGCACGAGCACCAACAGCAGCCGGAGCGCCUCCGAGCAGCAGCAGCAGCAGCACCGCCACCACGCGGCGGGGGUGGGGCACCAAUACCACCCGUUCUACUACACCGCGCCGGGGGCCACCACUGCCAACGCAGCCGUGCCGCCGCUGCCGUCGUUCAUGGGCUCGCUCUCCAUGGUGUCCGCGGCCUGCGCCGGCGAGGUGGAGGCGCCGGCGACUGGCUCGCCCGGCGCGGACAAGAAGCAGGCGGUCGUGCCAGCGGCGGCGAAGCGGCCGACCAAGGACCGGCACACCAAGGUGGAAGGUCGCGGGCGGCGGAUACGGAUGCCGGCGCUGUGCGCGGCGCGGGUGUUCCAGCUCACGCGGGAGCUCGGCCACAAGACCGACGGCGAGACCAUCGAGUGGCUUCUGCAGCAGGCGGAGCCCGCCAUCGUCGCCGCCACCGGUACCGGCACCAUCCCGGCCAAUUUCUCCUCCCUCGCCGUCUCCCUCCGCUCUGCCGCCUCGCACCCCUCCGUCUCCCGCGCCGCGGCCUUCCACCACCUCCAGCCGCAGCACGACGUCGCCACCAUGCUGGGGUGGAACCACCACCAGCAGCAGCAACAGCACCAGCUCCUCCCGUCUCCGCCGCCGCAGCAGCACCAGCACCAGCACCAGCAGGCGCCGCAAGAUCCUGGCGCCGGGGAGUUCAUGAGGAAGCGGUACAGGGAGGCCGACGACAACCUGUUCAAGGACACCGCCGCGCGCCAGGAUCCUAACGACGGCGGCGGCGAGCCCGAGGAGCACAAGGCCCGCGCGGCGCCGGCGGCAAUGUGGACCAUGGCGCCAAAUAGCUCCGCGGGCGGCGCCUUCUGGAUGCAGCCCGCGUGGGCCUUCGGCGGCGGGGGGGGCACGGUGCAGGCGCCGCUGCAGUUCAUGUCAACAAGAAGCAACAACUUCCCCGGCGGGAUGGACGCCAACAUCGGCAUGCUCGCCGCGCUCAGCGCCAGCGGCAGCGUGCAACACCACCACCACCAGCAGGAGGCCGAGCAGCAGCAUCAGCAGCUACCGGAGAUGGGCCAGCGCCACCGCGUCGGCGCCGGCGCGAAGGGCGGAGACGCCUCGAGCCCGCAGUGAUCAGCAAGAACCGAUCGAGCCGGCAUUUGAGCAACGAACUCAACAGCGAUGGAAUCGCAUGGUGAAGAUGCCUAAUGAGCUGUGCUGGUGGUGCAAGCAUUUGGUGAUUAGGGCAGCAGGGUUAAUGCCUUAAUUGCUUGCUUAAUUAGGUGGUUGCUACUGCUCUAGCUGAUUAAUCAAUUGGUUGUUUAGUUUAUUUUUGGAGGGAUUAUUUAGUUUUCUAGAUCUUUGGACUAAUCUAUGAUUGUGCUGAUUAGCAGUGGGUCCGAUUAAAUCAGAAACAUCAGACUGUCAUUUGUUAUGUUAUGGUGCCAAGAAGCUAAGAUU